AUGGGCACGUGCUAUAGUAAACGUUCUGCUUGCUAUGAUUUAACUCAAAAUCAUCAUACAACAACAAUAUGUGUUUUAAAGUCACCUGAAACACCACCUGCUACAUUACGUCGUUUUAGUAGUUUACGUCAUAGUGUAAAAUCAUUUUCAUCCAUAGCAUGUCAACGUCGAAGUUUUCGUACUAAACCAAUGACAAUUAUAAAACCAAGUUCAAAAAAUAACCAACAUUGGUGUAUUAUUAAAUACAAUGAAACAAAAGAAGCACUUGUUUGA